UCGUGGCCCGGCGUUUCCGCAAACAGUCGUGGCGGUUUCGUUGGUGAGUGGAGCGGUUGCGCGCAGGAGCGUCGGACUGUGCGCCCACCGAACCGGAUGGGCGCUGCUCUGAGGUGGCCGGGCCAGGUGUGGGUUCGCGGAAGGUUGGAGCGGCUCUUCGAAGCCUGAGCCGAGCCCGGCUAUCGGACAGCGCGCGGGUCGUGGGCUGAGGGCAGCCGGGCGAGGGACCAUGGAACGCAGAGACUGGCUGGUGGAUGACCGUGGUUCGGUUCGGACGGCAGCCAGCUCUAGUACCCUUUGCUCCCUCCUCGAGGAUUCUCGGGAGACAGUUCUUCUCUUUGCAAUAUUUUAAUUAUUUCCUUUUUUGUUAGUUUUUUUUGCGGUGCUGGAGGUCCAAUCCUGGGCCUUGCUCAUAUCAGUGUUGGUUUAUGACGUUUUACCAUCAAUUAAUCAGAAAUGGAAAAUUCUACAAAAGCAGAAGAAUAUCAAAAGAUGUCUUUUAAAGAAGUGAAAGCAUUAGUAGAUGGUGAAACAAAGUCUUCACUCAGUAUUAAUGAAACCUCAACAGCUUCUGGGGCUGGACUUUCUGAAAAAACUCCUGUCUGUGAGCAAGUGGACAUAUCAAGAAGCAGAAAAAAGUUUGAGGAUGGUCUUGUAGAGGAAAGUUAUGGGGAAGAUACUCCAUCCAAGAAAAGAAAUCUUGAUGUUGAAAUUGUUCCAGAGGAAAAAGGUUCAGGUGAUCCUGACAGCUUUUCAAAGAAAAGAAAAAUGGAAACUGAUAGUGUUCCUUCUACAGGAGACAGCAUUCAGGAAAAGAGAAAGCUAGAACUCGAUGAUGUUGCUGAAAAGCAGAAAAAGCUAGAAGGACAUAGCUCUGCAGUGGCUGCCCACUACAAUGAGCUUCAGGAAGUUGGUUUGGAGAAGCGUAGUCAAAGUCGUAUUUUUUACCUAAGAAACUUCAAUAAUUGGAUUAAAAGUGUCCUUAUUGGGGAAUUUUUAGAAAAGAUACGACAGAAAAAAACCCGUGAUAUCACUGUUUUGGACCUGGGAUGUGGUAAAGGUGGAGAUUUGCUGAAGUGGAGAAAAGGAAGAAUUAGCAAGCUGGUUUGUACUGAUAUCGCCGACAUUUCCAUCCAGCAGUGUCAGCAGCGGUAUGAGGAUAUGAAAAAUCGUCGUGACAAUGAAUAUCUUUUUAAUGCUGAAUUUAUAACUGCUGACUCUUCAAAGGAACUUUUAUUUGAUAAAUUUCGUGACCCAGAAAUGUGCUUUGACAUCUGCAGUUGUCAGUUUGUCUGUCAUUACUCCUUUGAGUCCAGUGAGCAGGCUGACAUGAUGCUCAGAAAUGCUUGUGAGAGACUCAGCCCUGGGGGCUACUUUAUCGGUACCACUCCCAAUAGCUUUGAACUGAUAAGACGCCUUGAAGCUUCAGAAACAGAAUCCUUUGGAAAUGAAAUAUAUACUGUGAAAUUUCAGAAGAAAGGAGAUUAUCCGUUAUUUGGCUGCAAAUAUGACUUCAACCUGGAAGGUGUUGUGGAUGUCCCUGAAUUCUUGGUCUAUUUUCCACUGCUAACUGAAAUGCUGAAAAAGUACAGUAUGAAACUAGUCUACAAAAAAACAUUUAUGGAAUUCUUUGAAGAAAAGAUUAAGAACAAUGAAAAUAAAAUGCUGUUAAAACGAAUGCAGGCCCUAGAGCCAUACCCUGCAAAUGAGAACUCUAAACUUAACUCUGAGAAGGCAGGUGACUACGAGCACGCAGCGGCAUUCAUGAAGAAUACUCAAGUGAGAUUGCCACUGGGAACCCUGAGUAAAUCAGAAUGGGAAGCUACAAGUAUUUACUUGGUCUUUGCCUUUGAGAAGCAGCAGUAAGUUCGCAGGCACUGGGGCAGCUCCGUCCUGUGCAGAUUUGAACAUCCAUCUCAGACUUGACAGCGAUCUCUGUGCAUUUUAAUCAUAAAUUCUAAAUGUGCAGGCUGCUCUUGGAAACUAGUAUGUCUAGCAUUUGCAGUCUGUGAUGCAUCAGCUUUGCGUGUGUAUAUAAAGAUGAGUUGGGACCUUCAUCUUUAAAAAUUUAUUUUUUAAGUAAUGUCCUAAGAAUUCAUUUGCCUCUACUGUAUUAACUCAUAAAAGUUAUUGUGUGGCUUGUUAAAGCAGCUGGACUUUCCACAGUGCUCCAGUUUGUUAAAUGUGUUUACAGUGGUCCUCUUCCUGCAGCUGUCGACCUGGUGAUAGAGCACUCACUUGUGUGUGGGCUCGUUUCCACAGUUUUGUCACAGUAGUUUUGUUUUUUUUUUUUUUUU